CCCUAAUACGCCAAAAACCAGUGGUAUCUCGAGGCUCGCCAAUGUCUUCUCAUGAAUGUCAAUAAUUCUAGUUUGAGAAAAUAUUAUACUGUUCUUCGGAACAGAAGAUUCAUUAGAUCAAUUCCAGAAAGUAAUCCUCCAUCCCAUUCGCUUUCGAAAGCCCGUUGAUCAAUCGAAGCAAAGAGGGAAAGAAAGCUUCACACAUCGCCGCCGACCAUUUUCCGAUGCAUCGCCGCCGGUGCGUGUCGUCGAGAGCCGUUUCGGACACGGAGAGCGAGUCCGACCACGACGUGAUGAAGUGCUUGUCGUGCCUGGAGGAUUACCGGUCACGCGACGCCGGGACCUGCAAGGAGUGCUACGAGGAAGCUAACGAGACUGAGGAAGAGCUCAAGCGGGAGAUCGAAGACUUGAAAGCGAAGGUCGCUUUCCUCAGGUUCUGGUCCCCUCUCGAUCAUCUUCACAAUAGGUCGAAUGCUCCUUGCUUUACGGAUGUUGUUUUGAUCGCCUCCGGUGAUGGGCCUGAGAGAUACGCCGUGCCCCUGCCGGCUCAUAAAGCUGUCUUGGUGAGUCGCUCCCCAGUUUUCAAAGCUAUGCUCGAGAACGAAAUGGAGGAAAGCCGAAGCGGUACCAUAAAGAUCAGUGACGUUUCGUUUGAUGCCCUCCGUGCCUUUGUCAACUAUUUGUACACAGCAGAAGCCUGUCUAGAUGAGCAAAUGGCUUAUGACCUUUUAGUUUUGGCUGAAAAGUACCAAGUAAAGCAUCUCAAGGCACAUUGUGAGAAGUUCCUAAUUUCAAGACUGAACUGGGACAACUCAAUUAUGAACUACACCUUUGCCCACCAGCACAAUGGCCAGCAUAUGAUCGACGCAGCACUGUCGGUGAUUAUCGACAACAUGGACAAGCUUACCAAAAGGGAGGAGUACAUGGAGCUUGUCGAGAAGGAUCCACGGCUCGUCGUGGAAAUCUAUGAAGCGUACAUGUCUAAACAGGUAAAUACUGCUGCUUGCAAGGAUUGUUCUGUGAAAUAAAACUCAAGUAAGGUCAUUAUGAUAUUUGUUUUGUGUGCUAGCUAGAAAGGACUUUUUGGUAAUUUGGCUAUAAGAAGAGCAUUCAGUUCAAUCAUUCCCAGAAUGUAUCUUGUUAAAAGAAAACUUGAACGUAAACAGAAUUUAAUUCAAUGAUGUAAAGGUACUUUGUUUGGCUGAGAAUUUUUGUCCCCAUAUUUCCUA